AUGUUCACCGGGCGAGCUAGCGGCGGGUGGGGAUCAGCGCCGGCCAACCGUGACCCGUGGCGGACUGCGGGGUUGCGGGGUGGCGGGGCCGCUGGCUGCGGGUUGGCGCCCGCCGUUCAGCGGCGUCCGGGGCCAGCCACGUUCCAUCGUGGGAAGCUGUGGGUCUCCCCUUCGGCACCCCGAUCCGAUCGACGGCCACCCGUUUGUGCCAGGACCAAACGGACAGGGUGCAAAGGGCGACGGCGACGGAUCGCCAACGGACAGGGUGCGAAGGGCGACGGCGACGGAUCGCCAACGGACAGGAUGCGAAGGGCGACGGCGACGGAUCGCCAACGGCCACGGCCAUGGAUCGCCAACGGCCACGGCCAUGGAUCGCCAACGGCCACGGCCAUGGAUCGCCAACGGCCACGGCCAGGGAUCGCCAACGGCCAGGGAUCGCCAACCGUCACGGCAGGGAAGCAAAGUGCCCGAGGGCGAGGAUCCGGACGACGAGUCGAAUCGGAGACUACGCAUCAACAGACGCGCGUCCUGCUUGCGGCACCGUUUGACGCUCGAAACGCCCCGCCCGGCGCUGUUCUGUUUCUCGGCCGCAGCAGCACCGUGUUUCGUCAGAAACGGAGUGUUUGUUCGAGGUUGGGAAGCGGCGUCGACCGAACGGCUACUGCGAGGAGGCCAACACGCACGUCGCAUACCCCUCGUCGGGGGGGGGACGGGUGA